AUGGGUGUUUGUGCGUCUUCUCAUUCUCACUCCAAGUUUCCGACCACACCGUCAAAAACAAAGGCACCUUCGUCAUCAUCGCUAACCGCCAGCAAACGCCGCGAAGCAGGAGUUUUCGAAUCUUUCCGGAGACCGUCGAGCAUCAUGGUGAUGGACAUGGAGGGUAAAGGGAUCAGGGAGUACCACCGCCCAAUCCCAGCCAGCCACGUGGCUUCAGAGACUCCCGGUUGCUUCCUCUGCAACGCAGAGUCAUUGCAUGUAGGCACGUGCAUGCCACGCGUUCCCGACGACGAGGAACUUCUCCCUGGCCGAAUCUACUUCCUCGUUCCCGCCUCCAAAUCUCGUGAGCCGUUAACUCUGCCUCUCCUCUGUGAUCUCGCCGUUAAAGCGAGUUCUGCACUCGCCGCCGCCACCACCAACUCUGUUCAACGGCGUUAA